GACGAUAGAUCGAGAAAGCGAUGGCGCUGACCAACUUCAUCGUGACGGUGGCCGUUGUCGGCGCGGGUGUGCUCCUCUUCACCACCGACAUGCGCAGGUCCGGCGCCCUCUUCCGCCGCAAUGCGCGCCAGCUCCAGCAGUGGCUCCAGGAGGACACGGCCUCCGCCGCGUCCAAGUCCACGAAAGAAGCAGCUCCGAAGAAACUUGACUCAACUGUCUCCAAGGAGAGGCCAAAGGAAGGCAGUCACUGAUUCGAGUUGUUUAUAUGAUUGCUCUUGCACCACCCACUGGUUUCUCUGCGCCCUGUUGAAUCGGAAGCGGUCAAUUAUAAAGCAGACCUUGAAUGAAGCGAAGCGUGCCUUUGAAUGCAACCUGUCGCGAAGUGCUGCUCUACAACCCCAUAGCGAGUGAAAGCUUGGAGCUUGUUAGUAGAACCGAACCGUUGAGCGAUUUGCAUUGCUGUUUACAGAAAUAUCAUGGAGGAAGCUGCAUGCCUGUUUGGACAUUUGGUGGCCAGAGCGUGUACGGGGGGCAGUACUACCCAGAGUGGCAAGGUCCCGUGUGGCACUGAACGCCUGCCCGACUGGUUGUUUUGAGCAGGAGACGAAAUCGUCGGCAUUCUGGUAGAGGGGGCGCCACCUGCGACAGGUGCCGGGUGGAUCGGCUGGACUGGUCCGCGGAUUGCUGGAGAGGUGAGCAGCGACUGUACUGUACUGUACUGUACCCGAGGGCUGGGCUUUCGGUGGUUGCAACUUGCGAGCCGGCGGUGUUGAUGGCUGCUGCUCCUCCAAUCCAAUGGUGUGCGAGAGGGACAUGG